AUGAGAUCUACCUACAAGGUUGUGUUCCUAGGAAGCUCAAAUGUGGGUAAGACAACGCUGAUGUCGCAAUAUCUGCACCAGGAGGUCCAGAAGUCGUAUGGGCCCACUAUUGGGCUGGACUUUGUUAGCACGACGAUUAUUGUUGGAGGAUACAAGGUUCGCCUGCAACUGUGGGACACUGCAGGGCAAGAAAGGUUCAACUCAAUCAUUCCAAACUACACAAGAAACUCUUUUCUUGCAAUAAUUGUGUUUGAUGUGAGAGACGAGUCGUCUUUUGAAAAGAUAGAUCAUUGGAUAAAUACGCUUGUGAAGACAAACGAUGAGGCAGGAAGUAAAAUCAAAGUCUUGAUAGUGGGAAACAAAAAAGAUUUAGCAGACGAGGCAACAUUGGAGCGAUAUAGAGAAAUUGGAGGCAAGAAAGCAAGAAAAUACGACGGGGAAUAUGUAUCUACCUCUGCAAUGAAGCACGAAGGGAUUGAAGAUCUUGUGAAUGCGAUCGACAGGCUUAUUGAAGAGGAUUUGAAGAGUCCUGAAGAGGAAGCAAUUUAUUCUGAGUCUGUACGGUUUUCGAGAUUGAGAAGAGGGUGUUGCUAG